AACAGUAUGAACGGGUCGGGAAAGCUGAAGGAUGCGGAUUACGGUAGCCCGCCGGCCAGCCUGUCUACCAACGAUGGACUCGUUCCUUUAAAACAAGGAUGUACGGAGGAAACGACACAGACCUGCGGUUUGUUGAUACACUGAACACGCAGGGACAGCCUGUAAUUUACCCGUCGCCUCAAAUCGUCUGUGACACUGAGGGUUGCCUGGUUUAAAUGUGAGGGUAAUUUGAUGUCCACCGAAUGCUAAUUUGUCAUAGCCUACAUGUUACCUUGUCGUGGUGUUAAAUUGGCUUCGUCCGUGCCAUUGAACGUUGAGCAAACCGGAGAAAAAAGGACCUCGACCCUCUUCAAAUUUGUGGUUCAACUGCCAUCAUGGUUUUAGCCGUCAUUUUAGCAUCAUCGCCUGCUGAUAUCUUCCCCUGUGUCACCGCAGACUGGAUGUCAAACUGAGCGGAGCGGAGUCAGAGCUAAACAUACCAGAAAAUACAACUUCACCUAGUUUCAACAUGGAGGCGUCGCCGUUGCAGCCUCGCUGGCUGACAGGUCUGUUCGUGUGGACGACGUUGUGUCUGAUCAGCAGCGGUCAAUCCGCGCCGGACGCCUCGGGCCUGCCUCUAGCCAUCCGCGUGCCACUGCGGCAAGGCGCUCGCGCUGAACCGCCGCCGCAGCUGCCACCUGCCGCAGUCGUGCACCGCGAGCGCGGCAAGACGGGCAAGUACGGUGCGCGAAGGCGGAGAGGAGCGGCAGCGGGCGGUAUCAGCUUCGUGGACAUGAUCGAUAACCUGCGUGGCAAGUCUGGUCAGGGGUACUACAUGGAAAUGGCCGUGGGCUCCCCCCCGCAGAAGUUGAACAUCCUGGUGGACACAGGAAGCAGUAACUUUGCUGUCGGGGCAGCCGCUCAUCCCUUCCUGCGUAGAUACUACCAUCGCUCACUCUCCAGCUCAUACUGUGACCAGGGGAGGAGUGUGUAUGUUCCCUACACCCAGGGUCGCUGGGAAGGGGAGCUGGGCACCGACCUGGUCUCUGUCCCCCACGGCCCUAACGCCACGCUGCGCGCCAACAUCGCUGCAAUCACCCAGUCAGAUCGCUUCUUUAUCAAUGGAUCCAACUGGGAGGGAAUCCUGGGACUGGCCUAUGCUGAUAUAGCCCGGCCUGACGAGACAUUGGAGCCUUUCUUUGACUCUCUGGUUCGCCAGACUCCUGUCCCCAACCUCUUCUCUCUCCAGUUGUGUGGAGCUGGCUUCACCCAGAACUACUCCCUGGGUAGCGCUACUGUCGGCGGCAGCAUGAUCAUUGGAGGAGUGGACCCAUCACUCUACGUGGGAGAGCUUUGGUACACUCCCAUCCGCAGGGAGUGGUACUAUGAGGUCAUUAUCGUUCGAAUUGAGGUGAAUGGACAGGACCUCAACAUGGACUGCAAAGAGUACAACUAUGAUAAGAGCAUUGUGGACAGCGGCACCACCAACCUUCGACUGCCUAGAAAAGUCUUCCAGGCUGCAGUUAAGGCUAUUGAAGCAGCCUCUUCGACAGAGCACUUUCCCGCUGUGUUCUGGUUGGGAGAGGAGCUGGUAUGUUGGCCGGCGGGCACAACACCCUGGCACAUCUUCCCAGUCAUCUCCCUCUACCUGAUGAGUGAAAACCACAACCAGUCCUUCAGAAUCUCCAUCCUGCCACAGCAAUACCUGCGGCCCGUAGAGGAUGUGCCCUCUGCCGAGGACUGCUAUAAGUUUGCCGUGUCCCAGUCCAGCACUGGAACAGUGAUGGGUGCUGUCAUCAUGGAAGGCUUCUAUGUGGUCUUCGACCGGGAAAAGAAACGCAUCGGCUUUGCAGUUAGCACCUGUCAUGUGCAUGAUGAAUUCCGCACAGCCUCUGUGAAAGGCCCGUUCCAUGGUGUCAACCUGGAGGACUGCGGCUACAACAUCCCUCAGACGGACGAGUCCACGCUGAUGACCAUUGCCUACAUAAUGGCAGGAAUAUGCGCUCUCUUCAUGCUGCCGCUGUGUCUCAUGGUGUGCCAGUGGCGCUUCGCCCGCUGCCUCCACCCACACGGGGACUUUGCUGAUGACAUUUCGCUCCUUAAGUGAUGGGGAGGGGACAAAAGGAGUCGUAGAGACCUACAUUUGAAACGUGGGACAUGCUGGAUGGAUGGAUUGUGGUUAAAGGGAUGUACAUUGUUACAAAAUGUUGGUGCUGUUUAAAGAGCGCUUUGAGAAGGUUCUUCAGGAAUAUAAUAUAUAUAGAAAAUGCUGCCAUACAGCGAAAACACAGUCAACAGUGCUGCCCUCAAAUUGGAGAGCACUUGAGGAUAACUAGAGCCAUUACUAACCUGGAGAACAAGUGAAAGUUGGUGUCCUCAGCGUCAACUUUGCCUGUUUGAGCAACCUAUGCAGAUCAGCAUGGCUAGAGGAACUGAUGUGGGAAAACAAACAAACAAAAAAAUAAUCUGCUCUCUCUUAUAGUGUAUAAAUAGACCACAGAUAUGGAUUUGAUUUGGAAUUUUAAAAGAUUUGUCUCUUAACUUUGUAGAGCGCCACACAAAGGAAACAAAACAAAUUACAAACACGGCUAAAUGAACAAACUCAAGAGCUGGAUGUGACAAAAAGAUGGGAAUCCAUCAUAUAGUCGGACGUGGUUUGCUAUGGUAUGAUUUGAACAAAUGAGCGCAUGGUUACAUGUGUGUUUGUUUAUAGAUCUACUGUUUGUGGCUUACGAGUGAAUGGGACAAGGUUGAUAUGUGUGAGCAUGCCUGUAUGUGUGCACAGCUGUACUGUAAGUGAAGAGUAAUAAGCAAGAUGUAAUGAAAAUGAUACUACUGAGUGUGAAUAGCAUCUAUGAAAUGACACUAUUUUGCAAAUGCCAGCAAAGAAUCCUGCAAUGCAAAUUAAGUAAGCAUAAAGAGGCUAAUUUGAUGAAAUAUCAGAUUGUAACAGCAUUUACUGCAUAAAAUCAGUUUUGCUUUGUGUAAAACUGAGACUACUGAACACAGUCAAUAUCAGAUGUCACUUUUUCUUCCUAUAUUGAUUGAUAGCUUAAAUAUAUCUAUUGUACACAAAAUUUGUGCAUUCCAGAUCCUCUACUUGCACAGGUAUACACACACACAGAGAGACACACAUACACAGACACACAGAUUACACAUUGCUUAUCCUCCUGCAGCACCAUAUGAUGAUUUGCACAUGUAACAACACAUUACAUGUUAACAAUGCAAGACUAAAUAGGGCUUCUUUGGCAGACACAGAAACAGCCUAACUCACCACAUCUUCCAAUGGGGACCAUUUAUGCUUGGACAAGGAAACCAGCCCAAAGUAUAUUACACACUAAAGAACACUAUGUACUGUAUGUCUACAAGGGGCAGUUUCUAUUGUCUCUCGGCAAGCUGUAAAUAGAUAAACUCAGAACUGUAUAUUUAUCUGUCAGGCGCUGGCAGCACUGU